AAGCAUUUAUCCUUUGUCUUCUUACUUCCUGGAUUGCUCUUAAGAAGUUCAAAAUCGGCAGGCUCGGUCAAGAUGAGGGGCAGGCCAGUUGCAGCAUCAAGCCGGUGGCUGGAGGGCUUUCGAAAGUGGUAUUACAAUGCUGCAGGGUUCAAUAAACUGGGGUUAAUGCGAGAUGAUACAAUAUAUGAGAAUGAGGAUGUGAAGGAGGCCAUAAGAAGGCUUCCUGAGAACCUUUAUAAUGACAGGAUAUUUCACAUUAAGAGGGCACUGGACCUGAAGGAGCAUCAGAUCUUGCUUAAGGAGCAGUGGACGAAAUAUGAGGAAGAUAAAUUCCACCUUGAACCUUAUCUGAGAGAAGUUAUUCAAGAAAGAAAAGAGAGAGAAAUGGGCAAAGAACUAAUCAUGGUGUUGAAAUCUGUGGUUGCAGCUGUCCUCGAAGAAGUUGGGUAA